AUGGUGUCCCUUACCAAUGCAGCCAGGAGCUUCUUUGGUAAACCUCGAAGAGAGUCUACCGUCGCAAACCUGCGGCUUAAGCUCUGCUCGAUCAGUGCGUUCUCAAGCGACAUUGGCCCACUAGUGUGCGAUGCUAUCGACAGUGGCUUGCUGAAAGAUUUGGAUCUUACGAUCUUCAAUGAGACGGAACCGCGCGACUGUAAUGAUCCUCAUAUGCUACGGCUUGCUGACGACACGGAUCGUUUCUUCAAUGCCUACCCUAGUGUGUUCCAUUGCCUCACAAGGCUUUCUCUCCACAAUAUAGAUGCACCAAACUCAAAACUCCGUGUUCUGGACCUCGACACGUGUUGCUUUGGGAGGCUUGAGCUGGUCUGCCUUCCGAAACUGGAGAAGCUUCAUUGGGAUACUUGGGAAUCUGAAGAUGCACCAUUGUCUUUUGGUUCUGUUCCCUCUCUUGGAGAAUUACACCUUGCAAAUGGGCCCGAACUUGGUCAGAAUGUGAUCAAGUUAAGUGAACUUCUACGUGGCACCACGGGCAUACAUACUCUAACACUGGAUUUUAUGGGAGAAAAUCUUUGGAUGCAACCUGAAAUGAAGCAACUCAGCUCUGCAUUCAGCAAGCUAAGGAUGCUGUCCAUACUUGGUAUCUUUAUUGAAUUCGACCUUAUAUGGACGACAGCCCUUCUUGAGGCAGCCCCCUCUGUUGAAAUAUUACAAAUUCAGGUAUAUGACCAUUUAUGCGAUAUUGGUGGCCAGGUCAGACUGCAGCGCUUCCCUGAAAGAAGGAGCCCUCAGUGGGAGAUGGACUGCCGCGGCUCCAAGAACCUUCUACUGAGAGAGCUCCAAAUUAUUUGUUUUAAGCCGCUAAAGCAGCAGCUGGCAUUCACAAGGGCUAUGCUGGAGCGAGCACCCAAUUUGCAGAAAAUAAUUUUGAGAGAUGAGUCAUGUGAGGCAUGUGAUGACCUUGGGCAGCCGCCGCCUUGUUCUUCUGCAGAGCGUCUUUUCCCAGAGAGCAAGGAUGAGCAGGAAAGGGUGGUCAGGCGAAUUACAGAUGGUGUGAUGUUCUCAGGCCAAGUAAUUUUUGAUGAUCGUAAGAAGCUGUAG